UAUAUUCCCGCAUUCGGGAGUUCUCGUUUUCGUAUGGCUCCCAAACUGAAACCUAAGCAGCAGCCGUCUAUGCCCUCCGCCUCUGUGGAGGAUCUGUUCACUUCACUCAAUCGGCACAUCAAAGGAUCAGAAUACCGGCAAGCCGUCAAAGUUGCGGAUCAAAUCCUCGUUGCUGCGCCUGGGGAUGAGGAUGCAGUUCGGUGUAAAGUAGUGGCAUUAAUCGAAGCUUAUAAGGUAGAUGAAGCACUUGAGAGUAUAUACGAUAACUCCAAGAGGACUUCUAUUGAUUUGACCUUCCUGAAGGCAUAUUGCUUAUAUAAACAAAACAAGUUUAGCGAAGCUUUGGAGACUCUGAAAGGGAAUGAGGAAAGCUCUGCAAAAAUGCUAUUGGAAUCUCAAAUUUUAUAUCGACUUGGAAAAGCAGAUGAAUGUGUUGAUAUUUAUAGCAAACUCCAGAAGUCCAAGAUAGACUCACUGGAGACGAAUAUGGUUGCUUGCUUUGUUUCUGCAGGAAGAGCACCUGAAGUGCAGGGUUAUUUGGACUCUAUCAGAGCUAGACCGACUCGCAGUUUUGAGUUGCCAUUCAACACUGCUUGCUCAUUAAUUCAGAAUCAGAAGUACAACAAUGCUGAACAAUUGCUACUUUCAGUGCGGAGAAUUGGCCAGGAAGUGCUAAUGGAAGAUAAUGUACCCGAUGACGAGAUUGAAAUGAAAUUAGCACCUAUAUCUGUUCAAUUGGCAUUUGUUCAGCAGAUUCUUGGAAAAGAAGAAGCGAGAGAAUCUUAUACUGAUUUUAUCGUAAGAAGGUUGGCAGAUGAGGCUUCACUCGCAGAAGCAGUGAGUGAGUCUUCGCUUGCAGUAGCAAUAAAUAACCUCAUUGCUUUGAGAGGUCAUAAAGACGUUUCAGAUAGUCUGAAGAAGCUUGAUUUACUUAUAGAGAAAAGUGAUGAUGGGCCAUUGAGGUUCCGGCUUGCCCAAGGACUAGAAUUGAAGCUCUCUCCAAAGCAGAGGGAAACCAUAUAUACCAAUUGGGUGCUAUUGCUACUUCAUUCUAAUAAAAUGGACAAGGCUCGAGAACUAGUAGCUGCACUUCCGGGAAUAUUUCCCCACAGCGUCGUCCCCACACUUCUCCAAGCUGCUUUACACGUGAGGGAAAAUAAGGCGGUUAAAGCGGAAGAAGUGCUAGGGCAGUUCGUGGAUAAGUUCCCGGAGAAGUCGAAGGUGGUCUUGCUGGCAAGAGCACAGAUUGCUGCAUCUGCAGGCCACCCUCAAGUUGCGGCAGACUCCCUUGGCAAAUUACCUGAAAUCCAACACAAGCCCGCGACAGUUGCAACACUAGUCUCUCUCAAAGAGCGGGCAGGGGAUAUCGAUGGAGCCGAUUCAGUCUUUAAUGCCGCAAUAGAUUGGUGGUCAAACCCCAUGACAGAAGAAGACAAUAAUAACCUCAACAUCAUCACACAAGAGGCUGCCAAAUUCAAACACCGACACGGACGGAGGGAAGAGGCUGCCCGGCUGUACGAGGACUUAGUCAAACGCCACGGGGGUAUGGAUGCUUUGGUCGGGCUGAUCCAAACGACUGCCCAAUUAGAUGUUGAAAAGGCAGAAGCUUACGAAAAGAAGCUGAAGCCUCUUCCAGGUUUACAGGCGGUUAAUAUUGACACUUUGGAGAAAACUUCAGGUGCUAAGAAUGUUGAUGACGGGGCCACACGUAUAAUUCCAGAAUCAUAUGAGACAAAGACUAAGGAGAAGCCAAAGAAGAAGAGGAAAAGAAAACCUAGAUACCCUAAAGGGUUUGAUCCAGCUAAUCCAGGCCCACCACCAGAUCCUGAGAGAUGGCUUCCGAAGAGGGAGCGGUCAAGCUAUAGACCGAAGAGAAAGGACAAAAGGGUGGCACAAGUAAGAGGGUCACAAGGUGCAGUGGUCAAAGAAACCUUGGGUGGUAGCACUUUGAAACCUAACCAAACUGCUGCCAAUCCCAAAGUAGGCUCUCAGAAUGUUAAUGUAGAGCAAGCAAGGUCUUCAAAGUCAUCUAAGAAGAAAUCAAGAAAAUAAAGUUUAUGUGGAAAACCUUUAUUUGAAGGUUAAUGGACUAUUCUGAAUGUACUUUGUUGCGUUUUGGUGUUGGAGACUUGAAUUGGAAACUCAAUUUUUAAAUAAUAUUGUUGUACGCUGGUCUGCUGGAGUCAUCCUGCAAGAGGUUUUCUUUAUUUUUAUAUCAUUUUUUAUCUCCUGAUUCAAAGAACCUGACACAUUCUGAAUUUGUGAUAGUAACAUUAUCAAAGUAAACAUUCAAAGAUUUUCUCUGUUUGUUUGCUUGCUGGUACUUCAGUUCUUAAUGGAAGUAUAGAACUGCGGACAUGGGAGUUUUGGUUCUGG